AUUGAAAAAUAUUGGAAUAAACCAAAAUUUGAAGUUAAACAUCAAUAAGAUUUUACAAUUGUCCAUUUGAUCUCAUUAAGUCAUUACACUAUUACACAAUUAUAUUACCAGGUUUGGUUGGGAACACAUUUGUCAUAUACGCCUCAAUGAGAUACGAUGCUUUUGGUAUGGACUAUGCAACCGUCCAUCUCAUCCAACAACUGGCAGCAGCAGACUUGAUCUUCAUCAUAAUGUACCUGGUGCCAAUGAUGGUGACUCAUCUGGCUCACGGCUGGAUCCUCGGAGAAACCCUAUGUGUGGUUACAGGAAUGUUCUGUUCGGUACCAGUGCUAGCGAAUAUUAAUUUCAUCCUCGCUGUUUCCAUACACAGGUACGCCAGGUGUAAGUUUCCUCUAGAUAUAGCUUGGUUGAAUAAGAAGAGAGUCAGAUAUCUUUGCCUGGGACUCUGGAUAUACUCCUGCCUCUUCAUUGUUUACGUCUAUAUUUCGAAAGCGAAGGUUUCAUUUCAACCCAAACUAGGAGGAUGUCAGUUCAACUUUUCCACCUCAGUCUGGAAUUUACUCGUUAUUUUAUUCACCACGGUGGUUCCUUUCCUUGUUAUCUUAACACUGAACGUGGGGUUGUGGCUAUUUGUCCGGAAUGUGGUUAAGAAGACGAGGAGAAGGUCAGGGUGUGUGGAUUGUUCAGAUAAACGAAACAAGAAGAACUCAAAGUGUCGGACGAGUCACCAAGCUCUUGUUAUGACGUCUUGUAUCACUGCUUUCUUCAUCGUCUGCUGGUUCCCAACUCUUAUCAGAUUUGUUCUGUCAGCAGUUAUAGGAGAGGAGAACAUUCCCACUUUUCUAGAGAGGAUAAGGUAUGUUUAUUUCGUCGGGACCUACGGGAACCCCAUCCUUUACACCACCGUAAGCAAGAAGUUCCGCAACUUCUUGUGGCAACACUUGAGGAGGAUGUUUAGGGAGAAAUGUUCUGAAGAAGCUGCAACACAUUCUCUAGCGUCAUUACAACACCACACAUUGAGGUCACCUCUCCCCGGUUUUAUGAGAAGAAAUGGUGCUGAUACUCGGUCCUUGAAGGGGACCCCUCCUGCUGAUAGAAAACGAGAUUUACUUAGUCCUCUACCUCCCAGAUGUAGAAGCAGGUAG